AUGGACCAGGCAACGGAAUAUGAUAUCAAGGAACCAAAAAUUGAGACCCUAAACUCAUGGACGCAAACAGAAGCCAAAAGGUCUAAAAACCGGAUCAAAUCAUGGCUGUGUAAAAUUAAGCAAAAAUUGGUUAAACUAGGAAAGCGUUCAGAAAGGGAAGAGAGCCCAGUACAACAAGACGGCUCCUGCUGUUUCUGUUUCCUUCGGUGUUUCAAGAAACUUAGCUUGAAAAAGAUUUUAAGACGCAAAAAAACUCACAACAGCAGCUCCAACCAAGAGAUCUCUGCCGUCUUUAAUAAUAACAGCGGCAAAGAGACUGAAGAAAGUGCAUGCAAGGAAACUGUCAGCGAGAAUGCUUCCAUAGACACCAGCACUGAUCAGUUGGAUCAAAACGAGAAGGUAGACUUAAACGAGAAUGCUACCAUAGACACCAGCACUGAUCAGUUGGAUCAAAACGAGAAGGUAGACUUAAACGAGAAUGCUGCCAUAGACACCUGGGCUGAACAGUUGGAUGAAAUUGGGAAGGUAGACUUAAAUGAGAACGCUACCAUAGACACCUGCGCUGAACAGUUGGAUGAAAUUGGGAAGGUAGACUUAAAUAAGAAUGCUACCAUAGACUCCAGCGCUGAACAGUCAGAUCAAAAUGAGAAGGUAGACUUAAAUGAGAAUGCUACCAUAGAUUCCAACACUGAUCAGUUGGAUCAAAUCGUGAAGACAGACUUAAACGAGAUUGCUUCCAUAGACACCAUCACAGAAAAGUCAGUUCAAAUCGAGGAGAUAGACUUAAACCAGAAUGCCUCCAUAGUCACCAGCGCUGAACACUUGCAUCAAAACGAGGAGAGAGACUUAAACAAGGAGUUACCAAAGCAGUCUGUUGAGGAGAUAAAACCUGAAAAUAUCCAAAGCUCCCCCCAGACAGCUUCAUCCAGUGCUUUGGUUUCUCACGUCCCCGUACGGUCAGGGAAAUCAAUAACCAGAACUGGCCUAAAAAACCUGGGAAACACGUGUUAUAUGAACAGCGUUUUACAAUCGUUGUUCAUGGCGACAGACUUUAGGAGCCGCGUGUUAUCCCUCAAUUUGAAAGGCUGCAAUUCACUGAUGCAGAAAUUGCAAAAACUUUUCAACAUCUUGGCUUAUUCUAAGCGAGAAGCAUAUACUCCAUUGAAAUUUUUCAAUGCGUCUCGUCCACCGUGGUUCAGUUCUUUCUCCCAGGAAGAUAGUUCUGAAUAUCUUCGAUUCCUUUUAAACAGCUUGCAUGAGGAAGAGAGAAUACAGUUUUUGUCUUCAGAGACUGCCGCCAAUGCUCUGGUUACAGAAGUUGCUCCUCAACAGUCUUCACAAAGCACAAGCUGGGGGAAAGAUGAAAAAACUAUAAUACAACACAUGUUUGAGGGAAAGCUGCAAACUAAUAUCUGCUGCCAAACAUGUAAAAACAUUUCCCAGAAGACGGAGGCUUUUACAGACCUUUCACUGGGAUUCCCACCAUCAUUAAUUAAUACUGGCAAAAAAGAACACCAGAAAACAUUUUCUGUCAACGACAUGUUCAGCCAUUUCCUCGCACCAGAAAUUCUCGAUGGAGACAACUGCUAUCAGUGUGGAAACUGUGCUUCCCUCCAGAAAGCAGAGAAGACCGUGCAAAUUAUGGAGGAGCCAGAAUACCUCAUUCUAAACCUACUGAGGUUUUCUUAUGAUCCAGAGCACCAGGUGAAGCGGAAGAUAUUCAAUCCAGUAUCUAUUCCACAAAUACUGAGGCUGCCCGUGGAAAGAUCUACCUCUCUGGACACUGAUCUUUCUGGUGCUGGUGAAAAUAAAGCUAAUGAGCAGGCAUCAGUUGGCAUAGAAGAUCGGCGCUCUACCCAACGACGAGUGCCUUAUGCUUUAAAUUCUGUCGUGGUGCAUUCGGGAGCAACUCCUGAAAGUGGCCAUUAUUACUGCUAUGCAAGGGACAUCAGUUUAAGGUCUGUAAAACCUGUGAAGAGCUCCUCCAACAUUUCCUUAGUUCAGGCAGCUGGAGGAGAAAUGCCCACCUCUGGUAGUGAGUCCUCACAGAAUCCCAAACAAUGGCUUUUCUUAAAUGACAGCAGGGUUACCUUUACAUCUCAGCGCCAUGUGUUAAAUACCAGCCUGCGGUCUACAGAAGACUCUGUAUAUAUAUUAUUUUAUAAAAAGCUGAGCUGA